UUUUUUUUUAAUCAUAAAGUCUUUCUCUUUCUGUCUUCCUUUCUUUACUUUCUCUCCACAUAUUUUCUGGGAAGAGAAACUAUUAAUUCCCUUUUUUUUUUAAAUCUAUCUGUAUUGUUUGUUGGUGAGUCAAAGAGAGAGAAAGUUGGUUUGUUUUUGCUCCACUGCUGAAGGUAAGCCCUUUCUGAUCUUCCAAACUAUAUCAGGUGGUAUUUUUCCGUUCUUUCAGUUGGAAAAAUCAGUUUUUGGGUGAUAAAAUUGAAGGGGAAGGUAACCGUGCAUCCGUGAUUGGGGGUAACUAAUGAAUUUGUAUUCUCUAAUCUUUGUAACAAUUUUGCAUUCUUUCGAUGGCCUCAAAAUCUAGUGUCAUACAUUCCCCUGAAAAGCUGAGGAAACCAUUUGGUAGCGAAACUGGCGAAGGGAAUUCUUGUCGGCUGUCUCCUAUACAAAUCACAAAGACAAGCGAUUUAGCGCCAGUUACUCCAAGGAUAGUGCCUAAGAAACAAAAUUCUGUUGUAAUCACGGAGGGUAUGCAGCCAUCAAAACCUCAUAAAUUAGAAUCCGUUGAUUCCUUGACGAAGAAAGUAGAUUCAGGUCUAUCCCUGAGUGGUGGAUCACUAGAAGAUUCUCGUGAACAAGAAAAGAAAGCAUCGGAGCAUGGGAUUAAUUCAGCUUCAGAUAAAUCUAGUGAUGGGGCCACCGGCCUUGCUAAGACUAGCGGAAGUGCCAAAGUUGGUGAUCAUCCUGAUUAUAAUGAGAGUGGUAAGAGCAGUAUUUGCAGAGGUAGCACAAGCAGUGAUGUGAGCGAUGAAAGUACGUGUAGCAGCUUAAGUAGUAGUAUCAACAAACCUCAUAAGGCAAAUGAUAUAAGGUGGGAAGCCAUACAGGCUGUCCGAGCGAAAGAUGGUGUGUUGGGUUUGAACCAUUUCAGAUUACUGAAGAGAUUAGGCUGUGGGGAUAUUGGAAGUGUCUAUCUUGCAGAAUUAAGUGGUACAAAGUGUUAUUUUGCAAUGAAGGUGAUGGACAAAGCAUCUUUAGCAAGUCGUAAGAAACUUCUUCGAGCUCAAACAGAGAGAGAAAUACUACAAUCCCUGGACCAUCCCUUCCUUCCAACAUUGUAUACCCAUUUCGAGACUGAUAAAUUUUCUUGUUUAGUGAUGGAGUUCUGCCCCGGCGGUGAUUUGCAUACACUAAGACAGAGACAACCAGGAAAGCAUUUUACUGAGCUAGCAGUGAAAUUCUAUGUAGCAGAGGUUCUCCUUGCUUUGGAAUAUCUCCACAUGCUUGGUAUUGUAUAUCGUGAUCUCAAGCCAGAAAAUGUUCUUGUUCGAGAAGACGGACACAUAAUGCUUUCAGACUUUGAUCUUUCCCUUCGUUGUGCUUUCAAUCCAACACUAGUCAAGUUGUCCACACCUGAGUCUGAACCAUUGCAAAAGAAUUCAACUUAUUGUGUACAACCAGCUUGCAUUGAGCCCUCCUGCAUCCAGCCAUCAUGUGUGGUACCUACAUGUUUUUCACCUCGCUUCUUUUCAUCAAAAUCCAAAAAAGACCGCAAGCCGAAGAAUGAAAUGGGGAACCAAGUCAGUCCAUUGCCUGAGCUUAUUGCUGAGCCAACCAAUGCUCGCUCCAUGUCAUUUGUGGGAACCCAUGAGUACUUGGCUCCCGAAAUUGUCAAAGGUCAGGGACAUGGAAGUGCUGUUGAUUGGUGGACUUUCGGGAUCUUCUUGUAUGAGCUAUUGUUUGGUAAAACGCCUUUCAAAGGAUCUGGGAACCGAGCGACACUCUUCAAUGUCGUAGGGCAACCCUUGAGAUUUCCAGAAUCACCAGUAGUAAGUUUUGCCGCAAGAGAUUUGAUAAGAGGUUUGUUGGUCAAAGAACCACAACAUAGGUUAGCCUAUAAGCGAGGUGCAACUGAGAUUAAGCAACACCCUUUCUUUGAAGGUGUAAAUUGGGCUUUAAUUCGUUGUGCAAGCCCCCCGGAGAUUCCAAAACCAGUUGAAAUCGAGCGGAUUCCAGUCCCCACAUCAUCAGCUGGCGAUAAACCUGCUGUUCCUGUGACCAAGGAUCAGAAAAACUAUCUGGAAUUUGAUUUCUUUUAAUUAUUCUAAGAACCAUUUUCCCUGUUUGUUUCCCUUUAUUUAUUUUUUCUUUAAAAUUUGAGAGAAAUGUAGAGUUUACAAAAUGUUAAUGAUGUGCAAAUUAAGAUUUGUAGAAUGAUAAUGAUCAUAAUCAUAUGCUUGAUGUCUUAAUUUCCAA